AUAAAACGGCAUCGUGUUGCGAAUAUCUAUUGUUAACAAAAUUCCCUGCAAACGCUAAUAACUGCUGCGAUUAAUAAGAACUGUAGGCAAUAUUAAAAAUGGCGGAGAAGGAACCAGAGGCGCGAGACGACCUCGCCGAAUCGCUCAACAAUCUCUUCACCAGCGUCUCCACCAUGGUCAAAUCGGAACUCGAGGGCACAAAUAAUCAGCUGGAGCUGCUAGAGAAGAUGAACUUGAGAGUGGCGGAGGAAUACGAGGGGUUCGGCGACGUGGCCGCCGGACUGAGACUGUUCGUCGAGCAGUUGAAGUCAAAGAGCGGCAAUUUCGAUGCCUACGUGCAACAGAUCGAUGCCAUUGAGCAGCAAGUCACAGAGUUUGAAGCAGUCACCUCUGUCCUAGAUCGACACGUUUCUUUGUUGGAAUCGAAAGUCCAAUCUGCCUACAGUCACCACCUUCCUCCGCCGCAUCAUCCACCUGUAUAAUCAAAACACAAAACUCCUCAGAUUGUGUUUACAUUUUCUUCCUUUUAACGUUUCAAUUAAUUGAUGAUUUCUUAUUUGCUUUUUCCUUUUUCUGUUACUGUAUUAAUGUUGCGGGAAUCAUUAUCUGGUGGAUUUUAUUGUAAUUCGCUGCCUCUUUCAGAUUUUUCUCCUUUUCCAAAUAAACUUUUUUGAUGAA